UCUGAAGUAAAUCAGAUGAAAUUCAAUCAGCACAAAUGCCAAGUGCUUCACUUGGGAAGGAACGAUCAGCUGCACACACAGAAUGGGACAUGGCUGCCUAGGAAGGAGCCUGCGGGAAGGGAUCCGGGGGUCAGACUGGAUCACAAGCGAAAUCUCUUUGAGCCCGUGAGCUGCACCUACACCUACCUGCUGGUGGACCUGAAGACCAAGGCGGCGGUUCUGAUCGACCCGGUUCUGGAGACGGCCAAGCGGGACGCGGAGCUGGUGCGGGAGCUGGGCCUCAGCUUACUGUAUGCAGCCAACACCCACUGCCACGCCGACCACAUCACGGGCACCGGGCUGCUGAAGAAGAUGCUGCCAGGCUGCCGCAGCGUCAUCUCCCAGGACAGCGGGGCCUUGGCCGACAUCCUCAUCCGCGAGGGCCACGCCCUGGAAUUCGGGGCCUUCGCCCUGGAAGCCCGCUCCACCCCCGGACACACGGACGGCUUCCUGACCUACGUGCUCAGUGACAGGACCAUGGCCUUCACCGGGGACGCCCUGCUGAUCCGGGGCUGCGGCCGCACCGACUUCCAGCAGGGCUCCCCGGAGACCCUGUACCGCUCCGUGCACGAGAAAAUCUUCACGCUCCCCGGAGACUGUCUGAUCUACCCCGCCCACGACUACACGGGCCAGACGGUGUCCACUGUGGAGGAAGAGAGGACCCUGAACCCCCGACUGACCCAGAGCUGCGAGGCCUUUGUCCAGCUGAUGAACAACUUGAAUCUGCCUCAGCCCAAGAAAAUUGAUAUCGCUGUCCCGGCAAACCUGAAGUGUGGGAUCCAGGAUGUGGAGAUUUAGCCCCACCCUCUUUACUCCAAGGCCACACCCCUCAGAACAAGCCCCGCCCACCUCCACACAGGCCAUGGCCUCUCAUUGCCCCUUACUGGGAUGGAAGGUCCUUUGGCCUGGGGGGGGCUGUCCCUGACUCUCACUCCGGUCCCCACCUUUAAGUGAAAGCUGGGAGCUGCCUCCUUUGGGUCCUCGGUGGGACUGUGGAUCCAUCAAUGGGGGCAGUUAACGAUCUUCAACCGUGGCAGGUCCCUUCCCCCCCUCACCAGCACCCCCCCAUUCCUCUGACACCCCCAGUCUGGCAUUAGUCUGCAUUGACUGUCAUGUGGGGAUGUCCUGCUGGCCUCCCCUGGGAAGCAAAGACCCUCCCCUUCCCUGAGCUUGGAGUGCGGAUAACAGGGGACCCCAAUGCAGACCAGUGGCCUGCAUUGAGGUCCAAGAGAGACCCCCCCCAUGCCUGGUGUUUGAAUAGCGGGGUGCCCUGCGGGAGCCCCACUUGGUUCGGUUAGGGCCCUCCCCCACCCUGCAGCUGAAUGCAGGGGGAGACCCCCACUCCCAGGGGCUCUGGAUUAGUGCUGUUUGCACUAGCUGGACUUUCCCCAUCUCUGCCCCCAGGGUCUCCGGCGAUCCCGGCCCU